AUACAGACAUCCACCCAUCCAUUUUCUUAGCCACUUAACCUCACGAGAGUCGCGGGGUGGUGCCCCAUAUGGUGUUCCCCACUUCGGGAGUAACAGUUUUCCUCCCCUCUUGAGUUAAAAAAAAAAAGAAAUUUUACAUUAACAACUGGUGUUUGUAAUUUUUCAUAAAUAUACAACAGUUACAAAUGGGUCAGAUAAUAAGGAUGUCUAAAAGCAAAUAUGUUUCAGUUGUACAAUUUGUUCCAGCUCUCGUCAUCUGUCACCUGACAGCUGAUAUGACCAUUUCAAAUACAAUUCCCAAAGUCAUAAAACACGACGAUGUAAUACAUUCAUCAAGGAAGUCAAAAAGAUUAUUAUUGAGGGGUUGUCAAAACUUAACAGCAGCAGCCUGAAAACUGCACUUCGUUUCGUUCACUCAGGAUCUGCCAUACAUUGAUUUGGCAAUAUGAGUAAAUAUUUUUCAAACACCCAACAAAAGUCUGAUAUCCGAAUUCAUAGCACUUUCUGACAAUCAGACAAAUAUUUGCAUAGUCACACUAAACACAUCAUCACAAUGAUGGUGAUGAGGUACCUUUACAUAUGUUAAAUAACUACAUUUUUAUUUUAUUUUGUUUUGUCAGUGUGGCCCAGAUCAUUUGAGAUUUAAUUUGUGAUGACAACAGUGAUAUUCUGUCAACAAAAUAACUGACUAGUUUGUCUCGGCUUAAACUUUAGGUACUGUAAGCACCAGGUUGCCAAAAUGAAUAAGUUAUUUAGGUAUCCUUUACAAUUUUUGACUAUUAAAAAAAACAUUAAACUGAGUGGUCAACUAAAGUGAAAACUGAUUUUAAGACUAACAGUUUACAAAACCUUGGGUUGCACAAGGAAAUAAUAUUAAAACCAAUCUGUCAAUCAUCCACCAUAAACAAAGGAAGGAGAGGUUUUUUUUUUCCCUAUAAUUUUGAUUGAUCUCCCAACUUCAUUUGUUGGAUGUGAUGACAACACAGUUGCCUUGGGACAUGAAAUACAGUUAGAGGAAAUAGUUCUGAACAUUGAAAAUUAACUUAAGUGCAAGCACUACAAAAAAAGGGAAGCAAAAUGUUAUUUGAAAGAAAUCCACAAAGAACAAUGAGCGUUUGUAAAAGAGAACCCAUUGGUUAUUGUGGCAAGAAAUUAUAAUUGUCACAAAAAACAUUUUCUAAAAACCAGGAACUGUUAAUCAUACAGUAUGCAGUAAAUGUCAAAUAAACGCUAACUUCCUGGAACCAAGGUCACAGCAUGAACGUGAGAUAAAACUCGUACCCACCCCAAAAAGUUGGACGACAUUCUUGUAUAAAAGCACAAGCAGAUAUCGUUCAGUCAGUAACACAGAAUACAAGAGUUGAACCUUCAGCCUUCCUUUGAAGUGAUCAUUUUGGAAGCAUCUCCGUUGAAGCCAUCAUCUCUGCAUCAAGAUGAAUUUGCUUGUGGGAGUUUGCAUUGUGGCAUUCAUGGCAUCAGCACAGGCUCAAGGAAGUACAACGCCAAUGCCAAACACAAGUCCUACAACCUUAAGUACUGUGUCUGCAACCACCACCAAAAUGGUCACCUCCACCAUUGCUGUAACAUCAACAACAACCACCGCAAAACCACUCCAACCCUCCACUACCUCCCGUCCAAAUGUUUCUCCUACUAGCACAACUACAACCACCAUGGCGACAAGCAGACAUACUACAGUUACAACUACAAUGGGAACAAGCACACCUACUACAGUUACAACUACCGUAGCAACAAGCACACCGAAUCCAGCUACAACUACCAUGGCAACAAGCACACCUACUCCAGCUACAACUACCAUGGCAUCAAGCACACCUACUGCAGUCAAGACCACCAUGGCGCCGAGCAAACCUACAACAGUCAAGAUCACCACGGCAACAACGAUGCCUUCAACCACAAUGUCCAUCAAAACGACAACCACAUACAACAGAGGAAGCGGAGUAGCAGAGUCGUUGCUAUUGCUUGGGGUCUCGUUAAUUUUCAAUGUUGUCUGCUAAUGAACAAAAAGAAAAAGAUGGCUGUAUGGCUUUUAUAAUUCAAUAUAUUUGAUGCACUAUAGAUCAAAGUAUUUCGUAUUCGUGAGGAUAAGCGGCAAAGAAAAUGGAUGGGUGGAUAUAACUUAUGUAGUAAUUUACCUGAUGAAAGGUAUUUUCAUAUUGUAUGUGCUUACUGGAUCUGAGUUUCACUUUUGGAUUAACUUUAAUGUAAUAUAUGGAUUUACUGAUGUGGUUUUGUCUAUAUUUACUGUAUCUUUAUCUUUUUGGUUACUCCAUGGUUGUGGUUUUCUUGUCGUGACAAGCUUGCAUAUGAUCUCAAAAUUUCAACACUCCAUAUGUAUAACUACCACUUAAAUUACACAUUUUGCAAACUGUGAAACAUGUCUACUUUCAAUAAAGCACUGAUUGGCAAAUAAAUGAAACAUUAACAGCUGAGCAAUGAAAUAGAAAAUGGAGCUAGUCAAAGGGUCAAGCCUGCAUCACUAAUUUGAUGAAUAAAUAACUAUUUCUGAGAGGUCAAA